ACGAAGCGCCAAUCCCAAGCAGAGCCGAAGAGAAUCCCGGAAGUGUGUACCGCCGCGUACAUGGCUAGUGUGUGAGUCCGCUCCGGCCACCGCUGGCGAAAACAAUGACACACACCAAAACGUUUUUAUUUAAUUUCUGCAAAGGGACACGGCCGAGGGAAGCGGCAACAAAAAAUUAAGAUCUUUUCCCAACUAUCGCAGGCUCCUGGCAUUCACAUCCAGGCUGUGCUUGGGUUCUGGAUGUGGCACCCUGACCGGACCUGCGGAACAGACGGCAUGUCACUGUGAGGCCUGGACUCAGAGAUUAGAAUGCAGUCCUCAGGCCACCGGCUGCAUGACAUGGAACAGCACCGUCCCCUGCUAGGCCAGGAGGAGGAGCUGGUGCACGGGGCAUCGGCAAGGACCGUCGACCGGGUCUGGUUCAUCCAGGACGGCUGCGGCAUGAUCUGCGCAGUUCUCACCUGGUUCCUGGUGCUCUAUGCUGACUUCGUGGUCACCUUCGUCAUGCUCCUGCCUUCAAAAAGUUUCUGGUACUCCCUGCUCAAUGGCGUGGCUUUCAAUAGCCUAGCCUUACUAGCGCUGGCCUCGCACCUGCGCACGAUGCUGACGGACCCGGGGGCGGUGCCCAAGGGCAACGCCACUAAGGAGUACAUGGACAGCCUGCAGCUGAAACCGGGGGACGUCAUCUAUAAGUGUCCCAAGUGCUGCAGCAUUAAGCCGGAGAGAGCACACCACUGCAGCAUCUGCAAGAGAUGCAUCCGCAAGAUGGACCACCACUGUCCUUGGGUCAACAACUGUGUGGGGGAGAACAACCAGAGGUUCUUCGUCCUGUUCACGAUGUAUAUAGCCCUGAUUUCUGUCUACGCCCUUGGCUUGAGUGGGAUGCAUUUCUUCAUCUGUGUCAAAGUGCAGUGGAACGAGUGCAGCGACUUCUCUCCGCCGGUCGCUGUGCUGCUCAUGAUCUUCCUCUGCCUGGAGGGCCUUCUCUUCCUCACCUUCACCGCCGUCAUGUUCGGCACGCAGAUCCACUCCAUCUGCAACGACGAAACGGAGAUCGAGAGGCUGAAAAACGAGAAGCCCACGUGGGAGCGGCGCACGCGCUGGGAGGGCAUGCGGGCCGUGUUUGGCGGCCAGCCCUCGCUGCGCUGGAUCAACCCUUUCUCCGGGCUCCGCCUGCGGCGCCUGCUCACGCCGCACUCCCGCUGGGGCCCCGAGCUCUCGGUCUAAGCUUGCCGGCCUCUCCCGCUACCCCCAGUCACAGUGAGCCUCCAGGGCGGGGGGCCUUUCCUCUUGGGAGAGGAUGGGAGCGCAUUUGCUUUCAGACCGCUGGAGGAGGUCAACCUGUCCUUCAGAACUGCGUGGGAGGCAGCAGAGCUCUCUCCUUCUCUCCCCCUCUCUCUCUCUCUCUCUCUCUCUCUCUUUCUCAUACACACACAAACACAAUCUUUUAUGAGACUUUAGUGUUCCAUGCUUUUAAAUGGUACUGAACAAAAGGGAAAAAUAAAAAGUUUUUUUUUUCCCAUGUUCAGUGCCAAUAGACUUGUAGUACUAAGCACUACACAAAGGUUUUUUUUGCCUGAGAUGUUGACACUCCAUGGCGCCCCUUGGUGCUCUCAAAGAGAAGUUCAAUCUGUGGAAGAAGACAUAGCCGGAGACUGCAGCAGAGGGGUUGACUGGAGAUCUGACACUGACAGCAUUGCGGCCCUUCAGCGGUUUGUGCUGCUGAGCGUGCUGGGAUUUUGUGGAGAGGGUAGUGAAUGAAUACACACAGCCCCAAGAAAUGCUCAGCAUAUUUGCAUAUGGCACUGCUUGUAACUGGACUGUUCUCAUGUCUGAUUUUUUAAAAUUCCAUCUCAUAUUCGACUCUGUAGAUGGAUUUUGUUUUAGUUAUUGCAAGAGAAUCAUUUUAAAUGACUAGCUAUAUUGACAUGAUAUUUAACCCAGGAAAAAAAGCAAUGUGCUGAUUGGAAUAUAUAUAUAUAUAUAUAUUGAGCUGAUGUAUAUGAAUAGGACACCUAUGAUGCUUGAUGAUGUUCACUCUGGACAGCCGUGAUACCAGGCAGACCACAUUUCAGAUGAAAUGCUGGCUGGCAGGGGAGCCACCGCCUUCCAGAAAUGUGGUCCCCUUGUUGGCUAGCCCUGCAAAGGCAGUAUUUGGGAUGGAUAGGAGAAUGCAAGCUUUGAAACCUGGGAAUGGUGUGAUCAUUGUGCUCCGUUAGACAUUGACUGGAUUAACCUAACUCGAGCUAGUAAGGUAAAAAACAGGCAAGUGUAUCAAACCUCUCUGUGGUUUCAAACACGUGGAUGAUAGAACCUUGUUUUUCCCCAUCAGUACUAGUCACAUGGAUUGUUUUACCCCUAACUAGUUAUGGACAAAAUGACGCAUCAUGAACCAUUUGCUGUAUUUCCUGACCCCACUAGAGGAUGCUCUUGGUUUAAUUUUGGGUAUGCUCUGAGCCCUUUUUUGAGCAGACAGCACCAUCUAGUAGAGUCCAGAAAUACAGCAUAUGGUUCAUGGCGUAUCGUUUUGUCCAUCAUUACCCCUAAUGUUUAAAUAGGGCAGGUUCUCAGCUUAAAUUUCCUUUUGCCAAACUGAUGUUAAAAAAUCCCAAACUGAAUGCACAUGAGCCAUUUCUGUCCAGAGCAGCUGGUUUGUGAUCCCUUAGAGAGGAGGGCUCUGCGCUGCUGCUCUGGACGUGGAAAUGUUGCCCAUUAGAAAAAGCGAUCCUGGUCCCUAGGCAGAUAUAUGAGGGUGCCCAUGUGCCAGAGUUCUACCAAGGCCACUCAAAGCAUUGUUGGACAUUUGGAACACAAGGGAGCUUGUGCAAACCACUGGUCCCCCCCUCCCCCAUAAACCUAACCCUUUGUAUCUCCUGAUGCAGAGCUUUAAAUAACAGGCGCACCAGUCUGUCUGAGCGGCGAAUUGUUUGUGCUGUACUGAUGUUGACCAAGGAGGUACCAUAUUUUAUUAAAGACGUGGGGUGAGUUUCUGAAAGCCUGUUUAAUGUUACAUCGUUCAUUAAGUUCCAUUAUUUUAACAUGGAACUUACAAAUGACGUAGUAUUAAGAAGGUUUUGAGAAACCAGGCCCAGACCUCAAGAUCCUGAAGAGUCCCGAGAACUCCUAAGGAGCAAUGUUCUCGCAGCAUGUUUGAAAAUGUCAGCCUGUAACGCCAAAUUCAUCGCCAAUGUAUGGGUGGAAACUACAGCAACGAGUAUUUAUUCUGUGUCAUAUCUCCCCUUUAAGACAUCACCUUAAUGGGAUUGACCUGUGAAUGAAGUAAAUUGUUUUACUAAUGAAUGUUGGUGGUUUUUUCUUUAAUCUGUGUCCAAGGAUUGCUACAGAAGUAUAAGAAUUUGUCAUAUGAAAUCUGUUGAGAUUAAAAUGUGCAUUAGUCUGUUUUAACUGGCAAUUGGGGAUUUGAGAAGGUUAUAGGUGUUUGUACAAUCAGAGUGGACAAGACUCGUAUAUUUAUUAAACCAGACAGAAAAGUGUUAAAUGGUGUCCUCUGUCAGACUCCCCCGGCACUCAUGUGUCGUUGCCCCAACUCUGGGUCCUGCCAGGUGAAGGGGUAUUUCCUGGCUCUUGGGGGGCUAGUUCCCGGCCCCCUUGGCAGCAGCUGCAGGAGAGGACACUGACAACUUUCAUCAAAAUCACUCCAGGUGUUAUCAGUAAAGUAUAAAUGUGAAUUAUCAGCAAUUUUUUUAAGGAGAAAUGUCUGUCAUUAAUGGUAUUUCUAACAUGUAAUUCUUUUGCAUAAUAAAGUUGGUAGGUUUAAAAUUA